CAGUUUAGUUUAGCUCAUAGAAGAAGAUCAAAGGUCGCCUAAGGUAGCUUGUUAGCUCAAAGGCUAAUUCUGACUCUAGUGCAGUGCAGUGUCAACAGCCGUCAUAAUUAGCUCUUUUGGUAAUUCUUCUGUUGGCACAACAGUUUAGUUUCAAAGUAGUAUCCGCUACCAUGUGAAGUCGCUGAUAUGUUAACAGUUGCCAUUAAGGCUUUGUUUGACAGCAGUUGUUACUGUCAAUAGUCGUGACAGUUAGCUCACAGUUAGCAUCUCCGCUAGCUCUGACAGCAGUGUCCGCUGUCAGAAGGAAGAGCCACCAUGGUCUCUGUUUUUGUCGGCUAACAUGUUAAUAACGCUGUGCUACGUCUACCUGUGGGUGCGCUUCCACAGGUGUUACUCGGUGCUGAUCCGGAACAGUUUGCUCAGACUGAACAGGAGCCGCUUUAGCUUCACCUUCAGCCUGUGCUCCAGCCCGGCCUCAGCUCCGCAGCACUCCGGACUCCGCACUGCAGCGCGCCGGCUGCCCAGCCUGCAGCCCCCCGAGGACCAGGAGGAGCGGGUGUUUCUGCAGCUGGGGGACAGGGCCGUGUACGUGACUGAGCCGCAGGUAGGUGCUGCAGCACGAGUUUGGUUAAACAUGUGGAAACACAGUCCUCUAAGGCGUGGAGGAAUGAGAAUACACAGCCUUAACAGUAACUGUGUGCUAAGAACCAGGACCACAGUUUACCAAGCUUUAAUGUUAACAGAUCAAAGUAACACUAACGUCAAAGACUGCUUUAUCUGAUCAGGUGCAGUCUGUCUGCAUCCUGCAGACUUGGGCAGCACAGAUGUUGAACAAACACAUGGUAGGGCUGGGUGAUAUGGGAAAAAGUUUAUCACAAUAUAUUUUUUUUGUCAUAUCAGUCGAUAUCGCUAUAUAUCACAAUAUAAAAACUUAAAUUAAACUGCUUAUUGGUAGCAUGUCUUUUGUAAUACGAUAAGCUACUGCAUCUGUGAGGUCUUUGUGUCUCUUCAGCGUUUUUUUCCUGAGGCGUUGUGCUGGAGAAAGCGGACAGAAUGGUCGUCUGUUUCGGCUGCACAGGCGCCAUGGUCUCCUUGCUCCACGUGCUCAGCCACAUGAAACUGCUUCAGGUGGUGUAAAAGAUUUGAGGUAUUCCACGACUUUGUGGGAACAUGUACUCGACAUAAUUUGCAGUGCACAUUACUCUGCUACAUGUCCUACCUCAAAAAAACGAAAUACCUCCACACUACGGAGGUUUUCGUGCCAGUGUUGUCAACGAUGUCUUCAUCAGUUGGGCCUUCAUCUGCAUUUCUGCCGGGGGUAGCACUCAUUUUCAUUUUUCUCACCAACAAUGCUGUCAGCUUCACGUGUUAAAGUGCUAUGGUUGUGAGUAGCUGCAGCCUGCGACUACACAGUGGUUUGCUACUUGGUUCUAAUUCAGCACAUGAUUGGUUCAGCGCACAGCGGACCUGGAGCAACUCCCUUUUUCAUUGGCUAUUUGUAAAGUCUAUGAAAACAUGGUAGAAUGGCGACUGCCGGAAAGCAUUUUACACUGAUAUUGGGGGAAAUUUAUUUUUAAUAUAUCGUUAUCGUUUUAUCGCCCAGCCCUACACAUGAGUAUGUUGAACGGAAUCUUUUAGUAAAGUUUAUUUGGUAUAUCACAUAGACUGUGUAUACAGUCCAUGGUGUAGCACCAUUUACAGAGCAUCAUUACAAAAUGCUACACAAGCAUGUCAAAGAUAUGGUUGGAUGCCUUGAUCAUGGAUGGUUUUACAGGUUCAUAUAAGGGUAUUAAAAUGUAUUCCAAAUAUGAUUGACAGUCAGUGUAGAAAGAAGGUGAUAUCAGAUAUUAGAGUGACUAAUCAAACUCCUGGAACUUCAGGACUUACUUUAUGUCCAAAAUGUUGCUGCAAUACAUAGUUGCCAAACUUUACUGUCAGACACCUUUCUUCACAGGGUCCAGCUCAUGCUCCAGCGCUGUAUAAAACAACCUUAGUAAAAGUUUUGAUACUUUAUCUGAACUCACCUGUUCAUCACUCCACUAUUUAUUUUCAGUACACGUGAGGGCUGCACAAUUAAUUAUCCUAAAUUUACUAUUUGCUAUACACCACAAACUGCAACAGAUCAGGCAAAAUUUCGUAUAAAAAAUUAAUGUUUUCUUCCUCAGCAGAUACAUGAUGCUCAGAGGAUAGAAGCCUGUGUGUUGUUGUCAUGCUUUUCAUCAUUUUGCUGCAGUCAGAUGAAGCUUUGGCCAGCUUUCAGCUAAUCUCAGAUAAGUUGGUGAUAACUAAGUGAUGAAAAAAACGCCUUUUGAAUGUAGUAAGGACUCAGGAGAAACAUGUUGCCAACAGGUAAUAUGUGAAACAUGCAGCACAGAAGUGAAACAAGAUAAAGUAAAUUAUUCUUGCUAAGUAAGGUGCAAUAUUUAUUAUAUGUUAAUUUGCCACAUUUCAUAUAUCACAAUUAUGUUAAUAACAUUAUGCAGGUAUGGUGUCAAGUCUGCUGUUAAAGGUGGAAAAACAAGAGAUAUGUUUGGUUUUGUUAGAGGAAAACAGGAUUCAAGUCACAAAUUAUAAGAGAUGAUUUUAAUUUUUUAAUAUAUAUCUGCAUAGAAAAACAGACCAAGUGUAGAUUGUUUCUUUUCUUUUCGUCAUAUUGCUGUUAAAAAAAAAAAAACAUGGAAAAAUGGCUAUUGCAGUGUUUUCUCUAUUAUUGUGCAGCUCUAAUAUGUAUAAAGCAUUAAAAAAGAAACUCAAAGUAAGAUUUGCAUUUGACAAGCAGCCAAACCUGAUAGUUGAUGCCACCCCUGAUGCCACCCAAAAAUCCUAAACUUUGAUUGGGUCUUCCAUUGUGGAGGUGGGACUAUUGUCAAAACAACUGGGCCAUGUUUAAACAUGCCUGUUGAUUUGCAUUUCAUUGUACAGUUUCGUUUUGCAUGUACUUCGAAUUGUGACUUUCAGUACAUACAGAUUACUUUCUGAGUACAUUCAGAAUCAAACCUAAACAUAGACUGAUAUGUUUCUGCUCAGACUACAUGAUACGUAAAAAAUAUGUUGUAUAUAUUGUCUCUUGUGAGAGUUGGUCCAAGCUCCCUGCAGUCCUUAAAGCUGUUCAAAUCCUGUAUGUCUGUAUUCUCUGGGCUUGCCUCAGAUUUUGUGAUUGUGUACUGACCAACCUUUAUUAUUAAAUAUAAAAUCUGGAGAGUUACUUGUGAAGUUGAUGCCUUAUGUUGUGGUCUGUUAUUAAGCUUAUCUGUUCAGGCACAUGUUUAGUAAGUCACACUUUUUGCUUAUGCAAAAAUCCAAGUGAAGAGUGUAAAAAUAUGACACCAUCGAUCUGAUAAAUCCUGUGUAAUGAGUUUCCAAGAGCCGUCUGUGGGAACACCAUGAAGAGGAUUAUUAAGUUUGUCCACUGGAAUAAUUUAUAUUUUUUGCCCUUAAAAAAAAAGUGUGUGUCACUCCCACUCAGGCACAAAUAAGCACUCAUUGAUCUCAGGUUGGUGCUGUGACAACCAAGAUUAAAUGUGGACUGUUCUCUCAGUUUUGUCAUCAUUAAUCUCAGUAGUCGUCUGUAGAUUUUCUGCUCUAACAUGUCAAAUACUGCAGUUUCUUUCUGCCAGUAUAUGUGUGUUGUGAUCUCUCCACAGCGUGUGCAUGACCUGACUCUGACUGUCACUAACGACUAAUCACUAAGUAGUAACAGGCUUGUAGUGCUGUGAGUUACUACCACCUGUCUGUCUCUGCUCUGUGCCGUCCACAGGCAUGUGAUGACCUCAGCAAAUGGACGGUGCUGCUGGGCUCCUCUCUGAUCUGUGGUCCUCGAAUAGAAGACAUUUCAUUCAUCAUAGAGGCUACAGGACACAGAGUGGGCUACCAUUCUGCUCACAAGUCCGAUAAGAAAGUAGGCACCACACAUUGACUUACUACCACAACAACCAUCAGUGUCAUUUCACAGAACUGACUUAAGGUAGACACAUUCAUCCUGACACACUAUCUAAACUCUGUGCUAACUGACCUAGUUAGAUAUGACUGCAGCACCUCCUGUCUGGUGCUGCUGUAUGAUUUCAUACUUUACAGGUCUGAUAACAUGUCCUGCAUCUCUGUGGCCAUUACAAGAUGCAGGUAUGAUAGUCUUAAGUAUCUAGUUUGCAGUGUGUGCUGUGUUUGCAUGUGUUGAUGACAUGUGCAGAGUGAACAUGUGGACCAGUUACUGCUGGACUUCAUUUAGAGAGCAAACAGGUUGAGAAACACGCUGCUUCAGGCCCGGAUAAUCUCCAUUCAUUCACAAAUAUAUCCUUUAAGCCUGUUAAUUCUUCUGUCCAGGUCUAAUCAAUAGUUGAUUUGUCACAUGAAAUGUUCAUAAAAACAGAAUUUGGCAAAUCAUUUAACCCUCUUCAAAACUGAGAGUAAUGCAAAGACAACAUAUCAAAUAUUGAUGCUGGAAAAUGUUAUUGUUUCAAGAAAAAUAUCAGUAAAUUUUCAAUAUGAUGUUUCAGUGAAGUGGGGCCAGGGGUAUGUUUACCAUUUUGUUGCAUUACUUCUUUUUUUCUGUAAACAUAUGGGAGCCAAGGAGGUCUGUUUCUGGAUUUUAAGAAGUAGAAUAUUAUCCCACUACCUACUGAUGUAGGAAUCCAACUGUUUUACACAUUGGUAUUUUGUUUGUUUGUUUUUUUGUUUAUUUGUUUUAUUUCAUGAUGUGCCAAAUAUAUCUGAUUGCUGCUGACAAGUCAGGAUUGCAGUCAAGCCAUUUAGCGCCCAGACUCUUCUACUGUGGAGUCAUGUUGUAAUAUAUGCAAAAUGUUAUUUGGCAGUGCCUUGCUGAAAACUGCAAGGUCUUCCUUGAAAAAGCCAUUGUCUGAAUUGCAGCAUUUGUUGCUCUAAAACCUUCAUUUACCAUGGGUACUUAUGCAUCCUCAUACCAUUAAGGAUGCCUGCUUUUGAACUGUGUACUGAAAACUAGCCAGGUGGUCCUUCCUCUUCCAAAGCAGCAUCUAUGAUUUCCAAAAAGAAUGUCAAAUUAUGAUCCACCAGGCUUGACAAAAUUUACCUGUAUUACUGGACCAUGUCCUUUUUUCCUUUUCUGUUCACAGACAAUGUUUUUUUGAUGUGAUUUAAGCUGGGAUUUCUACAACAACGUUACAUCUGUUUUUGCUGAAGAUCAUGAUCAUUCAGCACUGGUUUUCAGCAUUGUUCCUUUUGCACAGAAAGUUCUCCAGAUUGUAUUUGAUGAAAACUGCAAAUUUUUUGCAAUUUUAUGCUCAGGAAAAAAAAAUUCUGAACUAUUUGAUGAACUAUUGAUGAACUAUAUGAUCAAGAAGUCUCGUACAGAGUGAGGACUCUCUUCCCACCGCUACUCCCAAGGAUCAGAACAAGCUCUGAUCUUUGAGAUAGGAAGGGAGAAGCCAGUUGGUACGUGGAACUGCUUUAAGUUCUUUUUUGGAGGUUAGACAUUGUCAGGUGUUGUUUAGGCUGAGCACAUGAGUUUCACUCUGGCUACAACAAUAGGAGAGGCAGUUUGCACGUGUGCACCCUCUAUUUUUCGCCACAGUGAUAACAGCUGGGGAUGUGUGCAAUUAACUUAGUUGUGCACUGUGGCAUUUCUGGUGAUAUAAGUGUACAGACUGCUCUGAGGCAUCUGUGGAAGCCCAAUACAGGUCCAAGCCCUGACAGAAACUUGGAUAUGUCCAGAAAACAUUGUAACACCAACUGCCCUAUCAGCUGAUGCAGUGUUCUCUCUUACAACUCGCUCUUCUGGCUAAGGAAUAGUUUGUCAUGUGGUGCAGACAUGAUCUUUUCUGAUAACUGGAGCUUCACUGGACAUGUCACUCAUAGACAUACCUGAUAUUGGCAAGAACAUCUACUAUUUAAAGCCCAGGCAACUGAUUUUAUUUCUCUGCUGUCCUCCUUUGACCUAAAACAGAUUCCAACACGCAAAGUUGGCAAUACACUGUGUACCGAGCUGUUCCACACUCACAGUGGUUUUCCCCUCCUAAUGUUAAAUAACCGGCGUCUGUGCUCCGGUGGGCAGGGACGCAUUGUACGGCGUCAUUAGCGUCAUCCGCCGGGUGGGGCCAGUAUAAACAUCCGUGCCUCUUUUUCUGUUUGAGCAUCCGUGUGGCUGGUAAGGGAAGCCGGAACCAUCAGUUCCAUAGUUGCAAAAGGUUCGGGGAAGUUUAAACUCUCAUAGGCUUUAAACCUCUGUUCCUCCUCCAUCUCCUAACUGCCUACAGUGGAUAUCUUCUCUUCAGUUAGGAUCUUCAAAAACAAGGAGAAAGUUUACUGACUAACCGCUUUACUUUCGUUUUCGUUUGAGUGACAGGCCGGCUCAGAUUUGUGAGUAUGCGUCUUUUCCUUUCUUCCUUUUUUUUAAACAAAAUUUAAAAUGAAUAUUUAAAGAAAAUCUGACCUGAUUUGCAUUUUGCACUGUUAACAAGAAAUUGAACUAAACGGUUGGAAUAUUUACAUAGCUUAGUUAAAGAGGUGAUUCAGGGCUCCCAGGUGUCACGCGUGUCAAUAAGUUUACAUUACAUUUCUCACGCUGAGAAGUGUUAAAACCCACUGCACAUCAGUAACUGUAAAUGAAAUAGAUUAGUAACCCUGUGAAUGGAUGAAGCGAAGGAAAGAAGAGUGCAAUGCUUGAAUCAGCAACCUAUCAGCCAAUCAGAAGAUAGUAUCACGUGUGCCAAACGCGCAAAUGCUGACCUUUUAGGCACACGUGAAAGACGAGCUGAGGACCGAAAUCGACGUGGAACGGCAGUAAAUCUAAAAGGCUCGUCCUAUGGAUUAAUUGAGUUUCUGUUUUUAACAAGGACACAUAACUGUACGCACGCACAAAUGCUGUCUGCAUGUUCAGAUUGAACCUCCUUUCUUUUGAGGGGGGGUGGGGGAGAAGUUUGUUUCAGGAUAAUUUAAAUUGAGUUUAAAAAAAAAGGAGACAGCACGAAAACAUCCCACAUAGUUUCUCGUGUUUCAUAAACAGUUAUUGCAAAAAAAUACAUUGAUGAAGUGAUCCGCUGAUCUCGGGCUUUCACCUUCAGCUCGAGUGCAAGGCGUAAUUAGGCCGCCGUUACUUCACCUGGCAACAAGAAAUACUAUUUUCUGAUUGGCUGAUGCGUUACAGAUUCAAGCAACGCAGUCUGCCGCAUCUAUCCACAGGAUUACUAAUCCCUUUUAUAUACAGUGAUACCAAAGUGAGUUUUAUCACUUCUCAGCGUGAGAAAGAUCAUGUGUGGCGUGUGAACUUAAUGAAAUGCGCGUGUCUCACGUUUAAUGCGUGACACUUGAGAGCCCUGUAGAAACACAGGAGUUAAUGAAUGCAGCCAAUGAACAGUGCAGUUAAAGAGGUCCCUUUUGGCCAAAUGUCUUUUUUCUUGUAGUUUUUUUUUCACCAUGCCCCCCUUCACUACAAACUAAGUUCGAAACUAUAUAGCCCUGGAUGCAUUUUUUAGACUCUAUGCUUUCUUUCUAAUACCUGAUUUUUGAUUUCUGAUUUUCUUUCUGAUAUAUGUAUCUACGUGCUUGAGAGAUGUUCUUCCAGGUGUUUUAACAUUACGCAAUUAGUGUUUUUUGUCCUUAUCUUGGUUGUUUUUAUACAUUUUCUUCAAAGUUUGGCAUCAAACCUAAAAUGACCUACUUCUUUUAAAAACAAACUUGGACAUUUUAAGUUCCAACAUUUGAUAUGUUGUCUCUGCACUAUUGUAUUGCCAAUUCAAUAUGGGUUUCAGAUGAUUUGCAAAUGACUGGAAUCUAUUAUCAGUAUUUUUUGAGGGUUGUGAUUAAAUCACAGUGAAAUCUGUUUAUUUUUAGCUUUAGUGUACCCUAGCCAGAUAUCAGCUGACUUGAGUGUGACUGGUAAGUCAUAGUGAAACUGAAACUCUGAUGGACAGGCACUGGUGGUUAGUGUCCCUUAGAUGAGUCCUGGUACUGAACCUAGCUAACAAGUCAUCAAACUGGGCUUAGUCAGCCGUAGGCAGCUGUGAGAAGCAGGGUUAUAGUUGGUGGAGCAGGAGGGGACAUAAACUCAGAUCUUCUGCUUAUGUCUGUGGUAAUGGUUGGAGCCUUGUUGUUAGAGCCGGAUAUGUUACAAUGACCCAUAAUGUAACAAUGACCUGAAUUUAUUUUAAAAAAAUGUAAUAAUUUGUCAAUAGUUUAACAAAAGUGAUGACCUGGAAAUGUAAUAAAAAUUAUGUAAUAAAACCCGAAAUGUAACAAGUUGCUACAUUUUGGGCUCAGCAUCUUGUUACAGGUAUCACAUUUUUUUUUAUUAAAUUUCAGGGCAUUGUUACAUAUGGGGCUCUAACAAGCCUGCUUUUGAGCAUUGAGAAUAAGCACUAAUCAGUUGCAUGGAGUCAGACUGAUCUUAGGUAUCAACGGAUUUUUGUUCAACAACAGCCGUCCUCCUCAGUGACAAUUUAUUAAAAUCCAGAAGAUGGCACCUCUUUGACCCAUGUUUGCUCAGAUGUUCAUAAGCUGGAGGUGUUUAUGUAGUCCAAUGGCCUUCAUGAAGUUUACACUCUCUUCUCGACAGAUCAGUAUACAGCAUUGGCUAAUACAUGCUGUGUGUUGUGUUGUGUGCAGGUGCUGAAGUGGUCUGACUACUGUCUUCCUCUGGCCUGUAGUCCUGGUACGCCAUACAGGGCAGUGGCACAAGCCAGUGUAGAUAACUUCAGUCGACUGGGAGUCGCUUUUAUAGAAAAUCGCCUUCAGCUGGAUGACGGGCUCCUGCCGUCAAAAAUAAUCCGUAAGUGUCUCCAGUUUGACCUUAUAGCUGACCUUCAAUCAGAUAAUCUGCUGUAUGAUCAAACAUACAUGAGCUUUGGGGAGGAAUCAAAGGAGAUUGAACGUUUGGAAACUGGGGGUACAAGUGGGUUUUAAAUAAAGUUGACGUCUGUGUAUAUGUUGUUUAAAAAAGGAUGUUUGUCGUAUUUGAUUUAAAGUCAGAAAAUUAAAGUCCCUGUUUUGCUCUGACAUUUCGUUAAAUCUGUGUCCUCAGCUGUCUUCCUCAAAGAGUCUGCUCUCAGUGAGUUGUUGGAGAAGCAGUGUCCACAGACCCCAAAGACUGACAGGUUACUGUGUGUCUGUAACACUGAACCCUCACCUCACCUCCUGUCAGCUGACCCCCUGCAUCAGUGCCGUAAAGGCAGCCUGCUCCUCCCCCAAGAGGCGAAGAGAAGGUUAGAGGAGCGCCGCGGGUCAGAGCCGCUCCGCAACACCCAAGACUUGGGACCUGUAGGUGAUAUUGAGGACCACUCCUUAGGGAACCACCGCCACAUGGAGGGCCACGGACACCACCUCCACCUGUCCAGCUGUAAUGAGUGUUUGGAGCUGGAGAACAGCACCAUCCUGUCAGUGAAAUACGCCUCAGCCGAGAACAUUCCUGACCUUCCUGAUGAUGACUCUGCGGUGCUGGACAGCGAGGAUCUGGACUCAGAAGAAAUCACAGGGGUCGGUAAUCCAGGCAGCAGAUUUGAGCGUAACAGCAAACCGCCAAAUUUACUGGUGUUCACAGGAGGCUGCAAGGAGCGCUUUCAGACCCUCAGUCAGCUGCUGUCAGAGUGCAUCAACACUGACAACUACACCGUCUACCACCUCCUACCACAGCAGGCUCUGACCGACCCCUGGAUGGAAAACACCAGGCUCCUGGUCCUGGCAGAGGAAGACACACUGACCCCUCAGCUCCAGACACGCUUUCUCACCUACCUGAGCCAGGGGGGUCGGGUCCUGGGCCUGGCCUCCACCCUGUGCCCUGCAGGCCUCAGUCUGGAAGACAGACAGAGAAGACAGGGGCAGGUUAGCAGGCUGAGCUUCACCAGAGAGGACAGCACAGAGCUGGAGCUGAGCGUGCUGGCCAGCAAGAAGGUCUACAUCAGGGACAGUCAGGGAGGAGGGAAGGUGGAGCUUUGGGGGGAGCUGAAGGGGGACAUCCCGAAUCAGAGAGACAUGGUUAUAGUGAGGGUGACCCAUGGAAGAGAUGGUGGAGAGGCUGUCCUGUGUCAGGUAAAAAAACACUUUAUGUUACUGCAUGACGAUGACUGUUGACAUUAUUAUGGUGUUAAGACAUAAAUGAACAUUAACAGACACAGUCCUGUAGUCUUCACUUCAGCUGUAAAAACAAAGAUCUUCAUCACUUGAAUAGAUUUUUUAAAAACGUUUUACACACAAUAUGAAAUCAGAUCCCUGCCAGUAGACUGCUGCAGCUUUCUAACGUUAAUUGUUUUACAUGAACUUUUAAAAAUAAUAACGUUAUACGUCUAAAAAGGCAUCACAACAAUCUUUGUGUGCCACAACUUUCCUGCAGGAUUUUUGAACACCUGUAAAUCACUCAUAAUGCAAAUUCCUUGUGUUUUCUCACUGUAUAGAAGAUGAGAGGCAAGGUUUGCAAUACAGUGAGGGCUGAGGAUAAAGUAUAGCAAAGAUAAGAUGUUAGGUACUAAGUGUCGAUCACCUCCACCAUCUGCAUUUUAACCUGCUGUCUGUACUUUUGUGUAGGUCCACUUGGAGCUCUCUCCUGACUCCCCUCAGCUGACCACAGGAGGGUUUGAUGAGCUAAAGGUGAGCAACGCUCUGCGCUAUGAGGUCCUGACAGAGAUCCUCUCCUCACUGGGCCUCAGCUGUGAGCUCAGCCAGAUCCCAGCUCCCACCCCAGUCCACCUGCUGACCACCUCACAGGUAACUCUUGAACUUUCCCCUAACCCUUAACUUGAAAAGUACUUGGCAAGGGCAGACAGUGAUAAGCGUAGCUGUUUCAGCUGCAACAUUGCAGAACUGGCUCUUGAUAGCCUUCAAUCAUGUUCCAAUAUGAAACAAGGGAACCCCGUUAACCAGGUCAAUGCUUAAAAACUAUAAAAGUCCACAUAAGAUUUGAGCACACAUGCUGGUGGGCUCACCACCAGUGUUGUUGAGCUAUAUCAUAAAGUAGGGCGUGACAGAACCAACUCAAAUGCUUGACACCAGGUCUGCGCCAUAGACUGUACAGGUGCUGGCCAGUAAAUUAGAAUAUCAUCAAAAAGUUGAAUUAUUUCAGUAAUUCCAUUCAAAACGUUAAACUUGUAUACUGUAUACUUUCCUUCCACACAUAGUGAUAUAUUUCAAGUGUUUAUUAAUUUUCAUUUUUAUUAUUACAACUGACAGCUAAUGAAAACACCAAAUUCAGUAUCUCAGAAAAUUAGAAUAUUCUGAAAAGGCUCAAUAUAGAAGACACCUGGUGCCACACUAAUCAGCUGAUUAACUCAAAACACCUGCAAAGGCCUUUAAAAGGUCCCUCAGUCUUGUUCUGAAGGCUCCACAAUCAUGGGGAAGACUUCUGACUUAACAGUUGUCCAAAAGACGACCAUUGACACCUUGUACAAGGAGGGCAAGACACAAAAGGUGAUUGCUACAGAAGCUGGCUGUUUGCAGAGCUCUGUGUCCAAGCACAUUAACAGACAGGCGAAGGGACGGAAAAAAUGUGGUAGAAAAAAGUGUACAAGCUCUAGGGAUAACCGCACCCUGCAGAGAAUUGUGACGACAAACCCAUUCAAAAAUGUGGGGGAGAUCCACAAAGAGUGGACUGCAGCUGGAGUCAGCGCUUCAAGAACCACCACGAAGAGACGCAUGAAAGACAUGGGAUUCAGCUGUCGCAUUCCGUGUGUCAAGCCACUCUUGAACAAGAAACAGCGUAAGAAGCGUCUCGCCUGGGCCAAGGACAAAAAGGACUGGACUGCUGCUGAGUGGUCCAAAGUUAUGUUUUCUGAUGAAAGCAAAUUUUGCAUUUCCUUUGGAAAUCAAGGACCCAGAGUCUGGAGGAAGAGCGGAGAAGCACAGAAUCCACGUUGCAUGAGGUUCAGUGUAAAGUUUCCACCGUCAGUGAUGGUGUGGGGUGCCAUGUCAUCUGCCGGUGUUGACCCACUCUGUUUCCUGAGGUCCAAGGUCAAUGCAGCUGUCUACCAGGAAGUUUUAGAGCGCUUCAUGCUUCCUGCUGCUGACCAACUUUAUGGAGAUGCAGAUUUCACUUUUCAACAGGACUUGGCACCUGCACACAGUGCCAAAACCACCAGUACCUGGUUCAAGGACCAUGGUAUCCCUGUCCUUGAUUGGCCAGCAAACUCGCCUGACCUUAACCCCAUAGAAAAUCUAUGGGGUAUUGUGAAGCGGAAGAUGCAAUACGCUAGACCCAACAAUGCAGAGGAGCUGAAGACGACUAUCAGAGCGACCUGGGCUCUCAUAACACCUGAGCAGUGCCACAGACUAAUCGAGUCCAUGCCACGCCGCAUUAAUGCAGUGAUUGAGGCAAAAGGAGCCCCGACUAAGUAUUGAGUGCUAUACAUGGGCAUUCUUUUCAUGUUCAUUCUUUUCAGUUGGCCAACAUUUCAAAAAAAACAUUUUUUUUCAUUGGCCUUUUCAAUAUUCUAAUUUUUUGAGAUACCAAAUUUGGAGUUUUCAUUAGUUGUCACUUAUAAAUAUCAAAAUUAAAAGAAAUAAACAUUGGAAAUACAUCGGUCUGUGUGCAUUGCAUGAAUAUAAUGUACAAGUUUCACUUUUUGAAUGGAAUUACUGAGAUAAAUCAAGUUUUUGAUGGUAUUCUAAUUUACUGGCCAGCACCUGUAUAUAGAAUGGACCCUGUCCACCUCCUCACGGGGUGAAGCCACUCUGAGAACAGCACCCUCUGGUGACAGGCUGCAGUAUAGGUCAUAAAUCCCGCCUCUGCCAGCAAAACUUAUGGAGCUGUGGACAAACUUUAGAAAUUAAUGGUUGUGGUUCCCUUUCAGUCGAUUCACUCGGUACAACACAUAUAGUAUGGGAUAUCACGCCCCUGCGUGACCUGACUGAAGACACCUUUAUUCACGCCUUUAAGGCAGAUGAUCUGUGGUGAUGUCUGGGAGGCUCCGCCUGCACAUAUAUACGUGUAACACCACAGUCAUCCUUCAGUUCUUACGCUCUUCACCUCGCUGAGAACACCUACACCGAGUCGGGCUAACUAGCUGCUGCUAAAUUAGCCUGGUCUUGUCUCUGGCUACUGCUUGAUCGACUUUAGCUCAACUGCCCCUGUUGGUGUUAGCCUACGGCUACCCGCGGAGCGCUAAUUUCGUUCAGCUUUUGAGUCUCGUUAUGAGCUCUAAGCCCAUGAAGGUGAAGGCGAAGUCUUCUGUUCGCCCCUGUCCUCAGGGGUGCGGCUUCUCCCUUCACGAGAAGGAUCUUCACGAGGCUUGUCCCGUUUGCCUGGGGAUUGUCCACGCCAGGAGGGCGUUGACUGAGCCCGAGUCGUGUGAGUCCUGUCACCGGCUUCGGAGCUCAACCCUGGGAAGGCGGGUCAAGUUUGUGGAGAAAAUUCUUGGAAAAACCGCUGUUGCGCUGCACGACCCCCUCCUUUCCGAGUCCAGAGACCCGGCUUCGUCCGAGUCCGGUGGUGAGGACUUUCUGGUCGAAGGCUCAGUUGGAAGCUGGGCAGACCAUGUGGAGUGUGCUGACGGGUCAGCUGGGUUUGAGCCGGGCCCCUCCGAGGGCGCUGGCCAGCCGCUAUCCGGGCUAGCUUGUUACCAGGAGGACGAUGACGUGCUGGACAUCGGCCUGGACGUGCAGGGUUUUUCGGAAGAUGAGCUGGAGCCGUUGUCUUCAGGUCAGUAUGCCGCCGCUGCUGCGCCGGUCGAUCUGGACGACACAUCCUUCCUCUCACUGUACCGCCGUGCAGCUGAGAAACUGGAGGUAGAAUGGCCCUCUCCUCCACCAGCUCAAAAACCGUCGCGAUUCACAGGGUUUUUUCUCCCACCCGAACCGACGACUGUUAAGAACAGUUUGCCCAUGUUCCCGGAUUUUGUCGCGGAACUAACCUCGACAUGGAACAAGCCGCUGUCCACCCGCGCCACAGUGCCCGGUUGUGGACAGUUUCUGGAUCUAAAUGGAGCUGAAAAAGCUGGAUUGGUGAACCCUCCGCCUAUGGAGGUGUCCCUGGCAGCUUAUCUGGCCCCGGCCCAGAAUCACGGUGUCGGUGGCCCCAUCACGCUCCCAUCCAAGCACUGUAGAUUUUCAGCGUCACAGCUGGAUAAAAUUUACAGGACACAGGCAAAUACGGCUCGUGCACUGAGCUCCGUCACUAUGCUUCAGACAUAUCAAGCUAUGUGUCUGGCAGAACUCGGCUCGCGUAUGCCUCCUGACAGUCCGCUUACUCCUCUCCUCAAUGAAGCUAGGGUCGCCACAGAUUACAUCCUCCGUGUGUCCCGCUGUGCAGCGCUGUCUCUCGGUAGAGGCAUGGCUUCCACGGUGGUGGCGCAGAGGCACCUGUGGCUGACUCUCUCCGACGUUCCGGAGAGGGACAGAGCGGUUUAUCUGGACGAGCCUGUGUCGGCCAGCGGUUUGUUUGGGCAGUCCCUCGACGACAUUCAAGCUAAGUUUGAGCUGAGGAAAAAACAAACCGAAGCUUUGAGAAGCAUCAUCCCCAGGCGUGAUGCGAGACCCAAACAACAGGGUUAUCCGCACAAACCGGCACCAGCGCCUCCCCCUAAGAGGACUGCAGCGCCCGCCAGCUUGGGGCCCCAGCCGGUGAAGCGACAUGUACCCGGUCAGAACCCACGCCCUUCGGCUUGGAACAAGGGUCCGCCAUCGAGCUUCCGGAGGGACUCGGCGCCCAGGAAGAAGAAGCAGCAGUCAUCCUGGCUUCGGGAUCGACUCGAGAGGGCCAGCAGCACGGAGGCACUGCCGCCCUUCAUUUUCUGCCGCCAAAGAGGCCGCGUUUAAAGUUCGUUCAGGGGUCCGGUCCCGAGAGGCGCUGCACUCCCUUAACACAGUCUCCCAAGCACAACCCCCCCUCACAUACACAUGCCCCAAUAAUGGCGCCUGUUGUUCACUGUGUGAAUGUCACAAAUGUACGUUCUUUGAAUCAAAUAAAGGUUUCGUUUUGUUCUCAAAACAUCAUGAAUCAAUCAAGUCUGGGCGAGAAAGUGUUGGGCACGCUAGGGGGCGACAACCCCUCCCCCACAGUACUGGAGGUCAGUCGACUGACUGUUCGUCUCUCUCGGUGGCGCGCAUGCGCAGUCUCACCGUGGGUAGAGAGAACUGUUGCCAUCGGCUACCGCUUACAGUUCAGGGUCCGGCCGCCUCGCUUUCACUCUGUAAUACACACAGUUGUAGCAGAGGAAGCAGCAGCAGUGCUGAGGGAAGAAAUAAACAACUUGUUGAACAAGAGAGCGAUACGAGUUGUUCCCGCUUCGGAAACGAACAAAGGUUGGUACAGCCGCUAUUUCGUUGUUCCGAAAGAAGGAGGAGGGCUCCGUCCUAUCCUAGACUUGCGAGUGUUAAACAAAUACCUACGAACCUACAGGUUCAAGAUGCUAACACUCAGACAGCUACUGGGCGCGAUCAGACCGGGAGAUUGGUUUACAACUAUCGAUCUGACAGAUGCUUACUUUCACGUAGCAAUUCAUCCGGACCACAGGCAGUUUCUAAGGUUUGCAUUCGAGGGCAUAGCCUACGAAUACCUGGUGCUGCCGUUCGGCUUAUCACUCGCCCCCCGAACAUUCACCAAAUGUGUCGAGGCGGCAUUAGCUCCGCGACGGGAGAAAGGUGUUCGCAUCUUAGCCUAUCUGGACGAUUGGGUGCUAAUCGCGAGCUCCAGAGAGCGAGCAGCGGCUCAGCUGUCAUUGACCCUAUCCAAACACUGGGCUUUUCAGUAAAUUUACAGAAAAGUUCACUGACUCCGAGUCAACAGGUAUCAUUUCUCGGGCUGGAAAUAUGCUCCGUUUCAAGCCGAGCACGUCUGUCAGAACGCAGGGUGGCUGCGUUUCACCGCUGCCUUGCACAAUUUCAGUUGGGACGCAAACUGUGUUUCCGGACGAUUUUACAGCUCACAGGCAUGAUGGCAUCUAUGAUCGCUGUAGUGCCGCUCGGACUGUUAAAAAUGAGAGCGUUUCAACGCUGGACUCAGUCUCACCGGCUGUGCGCGCAGCGUCACCUCCAGAGGAGGCUGACGAUAACUCAGUCUUGCAUGUCGGCUCUUCUCCCGUGGAGAGAACCCGGUUUCUACAACAGGGAUCUCCGAUAGGGAGGGUGUCUUUUCGCAAGGUGGUGUCCACAGACGCAUCCCUGAGGGGUUGGGGGGCUCUGUGCGAGGGCGCAGCAGUGAGAGGUGUGUGGACGCCAGCACAAUGCAAACUCCACAUCAAUUACCUGGAGCUACUAGCUACCCUUUUAGCUCUGAAGCACUUUCGUCCCGUUCUGACAGGCCAUCAUGUUCUGAUCAGGACGGACAACACAACCGUGGUUUCUUACAUAAACAAGCAGGGAGGGACACGCUCUCUUCCCCUGUUAAAACUGUCUCACUAUCUGUUGCUAUGGUGCAGUGUUCAUUUUCUGUCCCUCAGAGCCACACAUAUUCCGGGUCACUUAAACCUUGGACCAGACCUUCUCUCCAGGGGGGGUCCUCUUGUGAGAGAGUGGAGAUUGCACCCACUAGUGGUGGCUCAGAUAUGGGACCGCUUCGGCAAGGCAGAAGUAGAUCUUUUUGCCUCCAGAGCAAAUACUCAUUGCCCCCUGUUCUUUUCCAUAACAGACUGCAAUGCUCCCCUGGGGAUGGAUGCGCUAGCUCACCCAUGGCCCAACACGCUGCUAUAUGCUUUUCCCCCAGUGGAAAUGAUUCUGCCCAUUCUGGAGAGGGUGCGCCAGCAGGGGCUCUCCCUGAUCCUGGUGGCUCCUCGCUGGCCGGCGAAGUCGUGGUAGGCAGAGAUAAUCAGUCUGCUGGUAGCGAGGCCCUGGCAGCUCCCUUUUUGCAGGGACCUCCUCUCCCAGGCGGGAUGAGAGGUGAUUCACCCGCGCCCAGAACUGUGGAAACUACAUGCUUACCUGUUGAAAGGUCCAACUUAAUGGCUCAGGGUCUGCCCCCAAAUGUGGUGGCAACAAUCCAGAGUGCAAGGGCAUCAUCUACUAGGGGCCUAUAUGCCUAUAAAUGGCGGGCGUUUGAGCAGUGGUGUCAGGACCGAAAUGUACUCCCAUUUCAGAGUUCUAUUGUGGAUGUUUUAACAUUCCUUCAGGACCUGCUGGAUAAGGGUCUCUCUUUCUCAACAAUUAAGGUCUAUUUGGCGGCUAUAUCUGCAUGCCAUGUUGGCUUUGAUGGUGUGACGCCAGGCGCUCACCCUCUUGCUAUGCGCUUCCUAAAGGGAGUCCGCAGGCUAAGACCUGUUCUUAAACCCAGUGUUCCCUCAUGGGAUUUAGGGUUGGUGCUUGAGGCUCUUGGUGGACCCCCAUUUGAGCCUAUUGAGUCAGCAGACAUGAAAUUUCUUUCAUACAAGACUGCACUGCUACUUGCUUUGACGUCUGCAAAGCGAGUGGGCGACCUUCAUGCUUUGUCUGUGCAUCCCUCUUGUACCCAGUUCACUCCGGAUGGAUCUAAGGCUACAUUGCGUCCAAACGCGGCGUAUUUACCUAAGAUUAUCCCCACAGCCUAUAGCUCUAUGAGUUUUGAACUGCUGAGCUUCUGCCCCCCUCCAUUUGCAUCUGAGGAGCAGAGGAGGUUGCAUUCCUUGUGCCCUGUGCGUGCACUACGCACUUACAUAGACCGCACUCAGAGUGUGCGUUUAUGUGACCAGUUGUUUGUCUGUUUUGCUAAUCCAGCCAAGGGCAAGGCGCUGUCUAAGCAGCGGCUUUCCCACUGGAUUGUGGAGGCUAUCUCCUUAGCAUACGGCAGCAGGGGUCUCCCGUUGCCCCAAGGUGUGAGGGCACAUUCAACCAGGGGAAUGGCGGCCUCUUGGGCCUUGUUUAAAGGGGUUUCUGUGAGUGAUAUCUGCACUGCAGCCAGUUGGUCAUCACCGCACACUUUUGUUCGGUUUUACCGUUUGGAUGUGACAGCACCUUCGGUGGCUCACGCUGUCCUUUCUGCUGGGUCUACAAUGCAUUAAAAGUUUUGGAGGUUUGACUUCGGUUCGGUGGCUGCUCUGCGGGGCGUGUAUAUAUGUCCCAUACUAUAUGUGUUGUACCGAGUGAAUCGACUGAAAGGGAACGAAAUGUUAUGAAUAUAACUUCUGUUCCCUGAAGGAGAGGAACGAGGUACAACACUGGGUUGCCCCGCUGCGCGGCAGAGCUCGGUGAAGAGCGGCUAUCGAACUGAAGGAUGACUGUGGUGUUACACGUAUAUAUGUGCAGGCGGAGCCUCCCAGACGUCACCACAGAUCAUCUGCCUUAAAGGCGUGAAUAAAGGUGUCUUCAGUCAGGUCACGCAGGGGCGUGAUAUCCCAUACUAUAUGUGUUGUACCUCGUUCCUCUCCUUCAGGGAACAGAAGUUAUAUUCAUAACAUUUCGUUUUGAUAUGUAGUUACAGUAAGACUGGUUUGUGCUCAAGUCCACUUCUUUGAUUGACACCUGAUACAGCCUAUAGGCGUUCAGGGAUUGCGUAGCUCACCCUGGGGAUACACUGUUUGACCUGAGCGUCAUCACAGCGACUCUCGGUGACUCUCUGGCCGAAUGCACACAACACUACUGCGCAGCACUGGUUUCAGGAAAUAAAGAAAAAUCCCAGAAAUACCAAAAGCUUUUUGGCUUCAAAUCCGUAUACAGACGGGAGGCGGAACCAAGUUGUCCAUAGUAUAAACAGUCUAUGGUCUGCGCCAAACACUGAGACACACACACACAUUGUCUGCUGUGUUUAUUGAAAUGAAUUAUGAUAGCAGCACAAUUAUUCUCCAUGCUUCACAUGUGGAAACAGUCAAAUCUUCUUAAUGUAUGUAAAUCCAUGAUGAUAAUGAUGAUGUCUGCAGUAAACCUGGAUCUGGUGUUUCAGACAUGAAACUAGCUUCUGUGGGUGGGUUAUACGCCAAGCAAAUUUGUGCUACAAAUAUGAAGUAGAGGGAUAAACACAUCGACACUGUUUAUAGAUCUGUGCUACAUAUUUAAAGCUAUAUCAGUCUGCUCUUAUUGGCUAAUAGUUUGUAUCUGAUACCGAAUAAAACCUGUACAAAUUGAAUGAUCGAAAAGUUUGUGUACUGGUGGUUUAACAUUUUAAAUAUUAUUUAAGUGAGCAACUUUCUCUUAAAAAAUACAUUAUAAACUGUAACCAUCUUUCCUUUGACACAGAUUAAAAUGCAUCAAAUAGAACUUUUUUUUUUAAGUAUUGUUUCCCUAAACUUCAAAAUAAAAAAAAGGCUUAUAGAAUUAUAAACAAUUGUUUAGAUUUUAUCAUUUAAAACUGUCGUGUAUGGGUCAGUCAUUGUGACACACAGUAAUAAAGAUGAUCCUCUGUCUGCUUUUAAAUCAUAGGUUGGUUAUUUUUUUCCAACAAUCUUUGCUGAAACCAAAAAAGCCUUCAGUCAUUUUUUUUUUUUUUGUCAACCAAAUACUUGAAACUAUUAAUACACUGACUUCAGUUGGAUGUCUGCACUUUGAUCUUUCACACCAAACCUCAACAGACUUAAGCUGAUUUUAAACUGAACUAACACAGGUUCAGUGACACUUUGAGUCUGUCUGGAGAUAAUUUUUGACAUUUUAGUGGUUAAAUCUGGAUCUGCUGACCUGAACUGUGAGUCUGAGUGUUAAUCACAAGUUUUACCUUGUUUUAUAGAGGCUACAAAGGUUAAACUCUUAUAAUACAGGGUCAGCAUUUUUUGCCUUGAAGCACACACUGUAACUAUAAUGGUGGGAGAAAAGGAUCAUAAAUAAUUUAUGAGACGAUAAACAAGACAAUGAUUUACCUGUACAAUUCAAAAGUAUGCUUUUAAACAAGAUAAUAGCUGGAGCUUCUCUUCUGUAGACUAUCAGAAAAGAUGUCUUCACAGGUAGUGAGUUUUUUGUAGUACUGGGGGGUGACCACUAAGGGGAGUCAGAGGUCCAGGCUGCACAGAUAGGCGAAGUACGGGUCUUUGUAGUUUCCUUGAAGUAUCAUAAGGCCGAGUUAUUGACCUCAUUGCACCUCAUAUCAGCAUGCCUCCUGGGUGAUGGAGUGACAAGUGGGCAGUUUUAAUUUCAGGUGUAAACAUACCGAGGACACAGUCAGGAGGUUUUUGGAUCACCCAGGAUGCAGAAGAAGGUUAGAACUGGAUUUUGAAUCUGCAAACCAUUCUCACAGCAGCAUCUCACAUGGGGUCCUGACUUUUUGGAGUGGGGUUUUGUUGUUUAUAAUCAAUAUUAGCUGAGUUAGCUGAUUUUGCCUGUUGUAUAUUGUUGUAUAGUUGGGUUGCUGUGUGACCUUUGACCCUGCUGUCUCAGUCACUUUGUUCUAACAGGCAGGAGGCUGAUGAAAUGCGGGUCUGCAGAAUAGUUUCCAGAUUGUUGUGUAUGCAGCCAGGGAGGGAGUCCAGCAUGUGUUUGUUUCUGCUCACACCGAGCCACACUCUGGUAGCAGGAUGAUCCAGUCUUUACUGGAUCAGGAUCAGUAUAAUAAUUGCCCCUGUUCCUGACUCUCAGCAGGUACUUUUCCUGAGCAGGACUUUAAUAUCAGGGGAUCUGAAGUCUGUUAGCGUGCUAAGAUAACUGUUCUGCUGUGCUAACAAAAGGGAAGACACAGGGACUGUAAGGUGAACUCGCUCUGCUGACUGAGUCUGGAUCAGAUCAGACAAACAACAUGUUUGGCUCAGUUGAAUUCCUGUGGGGUCUGAUGGGUAAUAAUGUUCAUUUGGUUUGAGUUUAUGAUUAAUCAUGGGAAGUGUCAGUAUCACUCUGAAUAAAUCACAACCUGUUAACACUCUUCAGAGUGACUUCAUGAUUGUGUCACUUCAAAUCACAUUCAAUCAACCUUUAUUUACACAGGCAGAGUUCUUCCCAUCAUUACAUCACAUACACAAAGAGAAUAAUACAAUAGAAUGAAGUGAUCAAGUUGAUAUAAUGUGUGUGAGAGCUCAGGAGCGAAAUCUAGUGAAUAAGAGCAGACGGAAACAGAACAGAGCGGACUGAUCGCACUGUGUCAUUGAUUAGACACAUUUACUCCAGAUAUCCAUCAAACACAUGAGCGCUGUGAUUCUGAACAGAACAGUUCAUGCUCAGAACGUUUAUAUGUCAGUAAUUAUAAUUGGUCCUGACACACAAACUUGCAGAGAAAAAUCACAAUGUGUUGUUGAACGGAUAACGGAACACUGACUUAAUGUAACCAGCAGCAGUAUGUUAACUUUUUAAAGAUAUUUUUAAAGUUUUCCAAGUAUGAACUAUAAAAUAUCUAAUUAUCAUUACCAACCAUGGCACUGGGCUCUGUCACAGUCACUUAAAUAAAAAUCUAUCCUUUUUUAUGUACUAAAGUAUAUGUAUUUUAUUCCUUUAAUAUACACUAAUUGAACCAUACUUUUACAUAUAUCCCUGCAAUUUGCACCCGCACUUUCAAAUACAAGUCCAAUACAAGUAUUAAAGCUGCCAGGAUACCAGAACUUUAAAAUUUGUAUCAACACCAAAAAAGAUCUUUCCUCUAAUUUAUCACCCAUUUUCCAAAAGACGUGUGGCGAAAUGUGCCUCUGAAAAGACUGAAUGUCAUAUUUACAAUGGUGUGAAGCUCCUCGUCAACAGUCUGCAGGUCAGAACUGAUGGAAACAUGUAGGAAGCAGGUGACAUGGCUCUUUGUUCUCUGCUCUCUCUCUGUUUGCGACAUAAACCCAACGUGUGUUUUUAUUUGAUGUUAAAAGGACUUUGUGAGGUUGUGAAGGAGGGCGGAGCAGAGACACACAGUGGACAGGAUGAGGGCAACUUUAGUGGCAAACAAAAUCCUACAUCUUCUUGUGUAGAUGUUUGAAACAGUGAAUGUCAGAAACAUUUUUAAAACAUAAAGCAUGGCUGUGAAACAAUAAAACGCUUUUCUACAUAACAAUUCCAUCGCUGUUUGCUGGGUUUCAUUAGAUUGGAUAAAGUUAUAAAGUUAGAUCCAGAUAAAGUUAUAGCUGGUUUGGGUCGGAUUAAUUCAGCCCUGUACAAUCGUCAUAACCAGAGAAUUGAGCAGAGGAGAGUAAAAUUGAUUCUUAUUUUAACUGUAAACUAUUAUUUUAACUUAGCUGUAAAGCUGAGAGCGGGCUUACUUUAAGAGACGCCGUCUAGUGAACAUUUCAGGAACUACCGAUUUUGAAAUUACAUACAGUUCAUUCGUCAACAACAGAGGCCACCUCCUGGUUAAAAUUGAUAAUCUGUGUUUACUUUUCCUGUCUCACUCAAAAUUACAGAGGAAAAGUCAAAUAUCUGUAUCUAGAUUGCAAUGCUGCCACCUGGCGUUUGGGGGUCUGAACUCAAGAUAAACCUAUGAUACAAAUCUGUGUCCAGUUCUUCUCUAUGUGUACAACAGCUGAUGUGUGUUCUGGUCCCUCUGUGUCUCAGGAGGUCAAGUCCAUGUUCCUGCAGUGGCUGCAGACACGCACUGAUCCAAACGGCCUGAUCAAAGGGUGUAAGGCUCCUCUCAGGACUGUGUCUUGGUCUGAGCUCCAGGAUGGGUCUGAUCAGCCUCAAGACUCUUUGGCUCUGGUCACAGACCCUCCACAGUCUCAGAGCUGGGCCCACUUCAAUAUGGAGACCUACAGACAGAACCUGAAGACCAGCCUGUUGGGUCACACCCUGCUGUACGCUGAGGUGGUCACAUCCACUAUGGACCUGUUGGAGGGGUAAGAUCUGUCUGUUUUAUGUUUGAAUCAUGGUGAGGUCACAGUGAAGCAGGUCUCAUGCUGUGGUAGGAGUGCAGCACAUUACAAAUCUCAGUCAAAGCACAACAAACACCUCGGAUCCUCCUCCAAGUUGAUUUAUUUUUCAAUCUUUUGGCCUUUUUCAUACACUUUUGCAGCAUCGUGAUUCUCUUCUCCUCUUUCUUUAUUCUCUUCUUCUACUUGAAUUCUCUUGUGUCUGUUCAUCCUCCUCUUCCUGAGUGCUGUGUUCAUUUGUUCAUCCACUGAUGACGCACAUAGAUCAGACCAUGAGGUCAGAGUUAGUCAGUGUGCUGAUGGUUUACAUGUCUGAUGCACUUUAGUUGACCUGCGUUGUUGUGGAACAUAUUCAACACUGACCUGCCCUCCAAUAAGAAGACCAAACCUUAGACCCUCUCCUGGUCCCUGGUGUUCAGACCAAGUCUGACCUGCACCUACGAACCCCCCUUUCGUGUAAUAGCAGAACGGCAACUGUCCUCCGUUCUCUUUUCUUAUCUUUCUCUUCUCAGCUGAUCUUUAUGAAUUAAAAAUCGUCUGAUUGUAAAGAUCAUUUCCUGACACAAUCCCCCAACACCUGUGUAACACCUGAAAGUACUCCCUGAUAUGAAAUAAAAAUGUACAUAAAAUUCGGUCUUUAAUCAUAUAGGUAAUAAAUUUGACUGAUCAAAUUUCAGGUUAAGAGAGAAAUAUAAACCAGCAGGAGCCGAAUAGAUUUUAUUUAAUACAGAGUCAAACAGAAACUUCUCCUCUGCAGAUCCUCAAUCACUCAUGACGGGGUUUGGGUGUGUGUGUGUGUCUGUGCUGUGAAAUUACCACACACACACACACACACAUAUUAAUGCAAUAAAGUUCACACUUGCACAUACGUGUGUGGUAGUGAGGUGUAUAUUUUCUGGCCCUCUACACACACAAUCUCAGGCUGACACAGUGUAAAUUGGACACACACACAUACUCACACACACACAUAGGCACAGCGUGUGCUGGAACUGAUUAUGGUGGUGUCUGACCUGGGUGCAGCAGAGCAGGUCUGUCUAAUAGAGCCUUUGUGUGGACAGAGCUGGUCUGUGGGUGGAGCUCUGCUCUGGCUGCAGGUGGGAACAAUUAAAAGUGUCAUAAAGUUUGAAAAAUGGCCGGUGGAGCAGCGCUGAGCUGAUUGGAACAGACACUGUUGUCAUUUAGCUUCCACACAAAGUGAACUCCCAACCUGUGUGCUAAUAUUUGACUUUCCAGAUGUUUCUGAGCAGCAGCUUGAUUAAUGUUAUUAUGAAGGAAUGCUUGUUUUAUUUCUGCAGCACAUGUGUUGAUUAGGCUCUAAGUAUGAUGGAGAGAGAUCACGAGCCAUGAGGUGGAGCUGACAGUCUCCGAGUGGAGCAGCUCUGAUUUUAACCCCCUGCAGCUCUCCAACAUUUAAUCUUGUGUGUGUUUGAAUAUUGAAAUCAUACACUUUAUUAAACUCCUGUUUGCGUUGGACUGUGUGAAGCUGUCUGGAUCCUCCUCAUACGGAGUCUGAUCCGUCGUACUCGCACCUCUGAGGACAGUUUGUGCACUCAGAGUCAGCGCUUUCAUUCAUGCCUUUAGAUGAAACAAUAUUAUGAUAAUCAGCAUUUGUCACAUAAUGAAAUCAAACCUUUGAUUACAGUUCUGAGUGGAGUUGUUGUAAAGUUCCAGCAGUGUGAGGUCAGUUAUCGUCUAUGAUGAGGUGAAUAUUAUCAACAUAUGCAUUUGUAUAUAAUCCAAAGUCAGUUUGUAAGAGAUGUUUUCAUAGACACUCACGUCUAUUCCUAUUAUUACAGGCAAGCCCUACAUAUAGGGAGUCUACAUAGUUUGAUUCCCACCUUUUUCCCUGCUCUCUCCUGCAACUUUUUCUCUCCGUCGUACGAACACAUGAGGAAGACCAAACUAGUAAUCAGAGAUAAAGUUAGUAACAUUAACGAGGGUUUAGUUUUAGUGGUUCAAAUGCUCUCUGCAUGUUAUGAUGUUGGUGUGGAUAUCUUAGCCUAUAAAUUAGUUGUUUUAUCAGAUAGUGCUGCAGGUCGAAUAUUAAAAUUAACCUCUGAAAUAAGAAAUUAAACAAAUUAUGUAUCCGUUCAUGCAAAUGAAAUGUUUGAUUUUUUUUCUUUUAAAGACAUAAAAUUACAUUUUGUUUUAGUUUUUGUCAUUUCUACAUUUUAGUGUCAUUUUUUGUGAAUUUGAAAAACAGUCCUGAAUACAUUUUUUUAAAAACUUUUAUUCAUUUAUUAAUUUAUCAGGUUCUGUUUUCUUGAUUUAAUUUAAUUGAAAGAACUUUUUCUUCUUGUCCUUUAGCCCUACAGAAGGAUAUGUUAAGUCUUUAUUUUUAGCGAUGGUUAAAUAUGAAGUGGAAAACUAUUUUUUUGUUUUUAUCUUGUAAGGAUUUAAAUGAUUUUGGCUAAAUAAGAAUAUGAACUGCUGUCUGUUAUAAAUAUUUAAAACCAGUGAAUCCCUGGACCUUCCUAGUUAAAGGCGUAUUCCCCUACAGCCCUCAUCCCUACAGUCCUCAUUGCUGGUCCCUGGUUCAGCUCUCGGACACGACCUUUUACUAUAAGUAAUCUCCCGCAAUCUGUUCCCCACAUUUUUGCGCUGUCAGGCCCCAGAAACACCGGUGGAUGCCUGAUUUCAUAUCUUGAACUUAAAACUUGAUCAGACCAGCUCACUGAGCUGCUGUAAUGAUGUAGAGAUGAACCUUCUCUUUUAUUAAGUCGUAUAUUCAUCAUGUAGAGCUCCAUAUGUCCUCAUGGACUCUGCAAAUUACCACACAAACAUUCCUUCAUCAGUGUAGGUCACUGGUUUAAAUAAUUUGACCUUCCUGCACUUAAAUUAAAGUGACAGUAAAAAUACAGCAGCAAAAAAAACAAACCACAUCAGAUAUGGAUAAAGCAGGUAUCAGUGCAUGCUAACAGUCAAAGUUCCUGUUAAAUCUUAAUACAGAUCGCACAGAUGUACACAGACCUUUACUCUUUUUAUUCAUUACAUUUCUAUAAAGUUUGGCCCCACAGUGUCACAUCACAUGACCUCUCUGUCAAAGCACAGGAAAUGAAAUAGGCUGACAAGUAAUGUAUUUGAUCUGUUAGACAGUCUCAGCUCAAUCUGUAUGGUUAUUUAAUUCAUCAUUGAUUUGAAAAAAAAAAACAUAAUGUCUGUGAUUGGCUCAUCUAUGUAUGAGAGGCAUCUACAUGAAAUCAUCUGUGUUCAAAUUCAUGAGUGAAGAAUCAUACAUGACAGAAUACCAAUCACGAUGUGUGUUAAAGACUCUCAUGGCGCAGGUUUUCCUCCUUCCUCACUGUGUUACUUUCUUCUGAGUGAAUUUAACGGACUGAGAGAGUCCUCAUGUUGUCACAUUCCUCAGCCCGUCAUCAGUGUGCAUAGAGAUGCUUAUGCGGUUAAUCAGAUGGUCAAACAGAUGUUGAUUUCAGAGCAGAGAGUUAUUAGAGUCCUUUCAGACCACACUGACGGCUUCUUUUCUCCAGUGUGGAGGAUGAAUAAAGCUGAGAGAGCGAACAGAGAGCUGCUGCAGGUCAGAGCUGAUGAAAACAGCCUCAGAGCAGAGGAUUGAGGCCGAGGCUGAAUGGACGGCUCACUCACUGUUUGUCCUCAGUAUUAAUGCUUUGUUUGGCUGUGCAGGCUAAUAAUAGCAGCACAGAGACACAGAGGGCUGUUCUCACAAGGUCACACCUCACUGGAAUCUCAAUGACCAGCAUCCACACACACACACACACCGCCGCAGUAACACAGGCCGUUCAUUGCACUGCAGGGGCCUUUAUUCACACUGUUAAAACUCAUUUAUCCACUUUUCUGUUCAGAGUCAGAGCAGAAGAUAUCCUCUGUUUGAAACACAGCUAGAGCCAGAAGCUGACCAGCUUAGUCUAACACCAAGAGUGAGGGAAGGACCAGCAGGAGAUCUGAUCCCUUUCCCCUCAUGAUCGGAGGAGAAGCCUGGUUUGGUAUCAGUGCUAGUAUUCUGUUUAGUAUUCUGGUAGGGUGAUGGUUUUUUACAGAUCAUGAUUUAGGGUGAAUUACAUUUGCAAAUUUUAUUUUAUCGGGAUUAUUCCCACUGAGAUCAAAAGAGUGCAGACUAAUUUAUGAGUAUUUGACAUCCAUCAGUAAAUUAACAGCAUUUAGCAAUAAAACACAGCAUACACCAGUCAAAUGAUCCUCAAUCUGGGUUUGAAAUGUUCUCUGUUGGUAAAAAGAUGUAGUCUCAGAUGAACUUGUAGCUUAGACCAGGAGAAGGGAGCAAGAUAUUAAAAGCAGUUUCAGCAAUCGUAGUGCGAGUCAGAAAUGGUGUAGUCCAUGAGAGUGAAGGUCACAGAUAGUGACGGUUGAGAGCCAGUAAAGGACAUAAAACAAGAGUCCAUUCAUGAAGUUUAGGCUGAGAAAGAAGUUAUACUAACGCUCAAUUCCUCUGUUGUUAAGAUAGACCAAUUUUGGUUUUCAGGCCUGAGAUAGUUAGAUAAUAGCGAUAGUUAGAGUGACAGAUAACUGCUAUUUGGAACUGAUAUGUACAACAGUAAAAGUUAAAAAUUUCAAAAGAACUUUUAAUACAAUAAGCUCAGAGAAUCAAAGCAUUCUUGAUGCUCAUAAGUUAGUAAAGAAUGAUAAUGAUAACAAUAAUGCAUUUUAUUUAUAGAUGCCUUUCUUGACACUCCAAGUCACCCUACAGCAUUAAAACAAACUUUUUAAUAACAAACAGAAUAAAAUACAAUUUAAAACAUUUUAAAAGAAUGGAGUUGUUCCAAAGUUGAUCUAUUUUAAACUAAGGGUGUCAGCAAUAACAGCUAAACCUGAGGGCAUUUUUAUACAGAUGUUGAGCACUGAAAACACUGAACUCUAUCAAUUAAGAAGAAAAAGAAGCCGUUGGCAGUGACAAAAUAAAUGUUAUUGGACACAGGCUGAAACCCUGACCGUAUAAAGACAGUUUGAGCUUUUUCAGUACAACUUGAAAAAAUAUCCUGAGUGUUUUUCUAUGUGUUGAAUUUAUGUUGGUUUACUGCUGUGUCUCCUGUUUCAUGUUUGUUAUUGAAGGAAGUAAAUUUAAUUUUUUUAAUUAAUAGACAUUAAUAGAGUUUAUUUGAAAGAUGCUGUGGUGUUAACAGAACAGAAAGCAGAGUCACUCCACGCUCUUUUAUGGUGAAUGCAAACUGUGCGUGUGUGUGUUUUAGCAUCCCACUGCAGUGUUUAUGUGUGAACACCUUAUAAUAACAGAGUUUGGGGGGGUGCGGGAUUCAAGCAGCACUUCGCUGGUCUGAAGAACAUAAUGAUUCUUUUCCUGCUCGGAUGAACUUGAUCCCCACGCCUGCAGCUACACACUUCCUACUUAUUGACUUUUUCUUUUUAGAGCUUCAGGCUUAGACCUGAAAACCCGAGGGCCCACUUUCACUUCACUAUUCUUACCCCCCACCCACCCUCCCACCCACACACACACUUAUUUCUCCCUCUGAGAGGCUCCGAGGAAAGGAGAAGCAGCCGUGGAUGUAGAUGUAGUUCUGAUUAUUUUACCUGAUACAUGUGGUCAAACACUUUCUGUUUUCCAUGCUGUGUGCACAUGUGGAGAGCACGCUGCUGCACACACACUUAUUUCAAACACUGUCAUGGCUUUCCUACAGUGCAGCACCUGAACCUAAAAUCAGGCUCAGUAAAGGAGUGUUGUGGUGCGAGCUGGUCCGCAGAGUCUGCUGAUCACUGUUUGUUUUCACAGGUAAUCCAAUAUCCAAACUGACACUGUAUGAAUUAGGGUCCUGUUUCCUGUGAAAAAUACAGCCCACUAUAACCACGGCAACAGGUUCAACCAUAAAAAUCUAAUUGGCUCAAUUGACCUUGCAUGCUCCACCUGCAAUUAUCAGAGAUUGUAAGCAGAUGCCUGACCGGGGGAACAUAUGGAGCCAUGUUUGACCUGAACCAGUCCACUGGAGGCUUCGCUACACUCUGCAGCCCUGAGACCCCCUCUGUCAGGGAGGGCCCCACAGCCCCACACAGGGGCCACAGACUGCAGCGCCUCAUUUUAGCUGCACCUGAAGGGUCUGAUGGGACUAGAAACAGGACUGCCCUAGGACCUCAGAGGGGCCUGUGCAGUCAGGGCACCAGGCCUUCAGGGGCCCACACUACAGGAUACCAUGUACUCUCUACCUCCUGAAUGUGUCUCGUCACAGAUACUGUCUCAUUAUAGGAUGAAAUGAUCAUGAUUUUUUACAGUGAUCGCCUUAUACACCAGAUUAGGGAGGUGAAAAUCCUGUAGCUUGUUAAACUAAAGCCCUUUAAAUAAUGUUGGACCUUCCAAGAGUGGAAUAAAUACAAAUUACCUCAAAACAGACACAGACAGAUUCAAUUUAGACAAGUAUAAACAAAAAGGUCUUCAACUGCUGUUUAAAAAAGUCCUCAGUUCCUGUUGGAGACAGUUCCAAAACCAGUACAGCUCCUAAGGAAUCCUUUUGUCUUGAUAUUUUUGCUGAGUUCCCCAUGCUACUCUUGUGGGGAAAAAGGGGAAUCUGCUAAUUCUCUGGAUUCUAGGCGCCUGAGAGACACAAGUGAACUCUGUGUUCACAGUCUGAAUAGCCUAACCAGUCAACAUGCAUAAUGACAUGAAAAUGUAGGGUUUUCAGGGUCGUCCCAGCCAACAUGCUUGUCUGUGUAAACUGCCAGGCUGCAGAUUGCUGUGGAAAUGUUAGUAAGAUCAGAAUUUAUCAUACCACUAAACUGUGGUGCACCAAAUCAGACCACCUGGUGAAAAACCACCAUCAGGUACUGUGGAAGGAGCAGAUAUAAAGGAAACAACAGUGGGCCCAAGAUUGAACCCUGAGGGACACCAAAAGACAGGUUUUGUUUUAAUGAAACCCUGUGGGUGGGUUGAUGUUGUUUACAAGUUUCUCUGCUUUGUACUCUUCACUGCUCACUUUAGUUGUCUGGUGUUUUCUAGUGUUUGUUUGUUUUGUGUAAAACUCCUUGUUCAUGUAGGAGGGAUGUUACAUAAACAACCAAAAGACAUCACUCAGUGCGUCUCCUUCUGGUUUAUCUACACAGGCUCCCCUCCUCACUUAAAUCAAACUGAGUUUCUCAUGUUGCGAGAGCAUCUGUUAGUGAAAUCUACCACUGUGAGCUUUAUAUGUGAACAGCAAGUGCCUGAAAUACCAGGGCUCGAAUGUCUUGAACUGAUCCAGAACUAUUAAGGAGCUGAUGUGUAAAAAAGGAUGAAUGUUCGUACAAACCCACUGAGUGCUGUCUCAGACUGAGAAUUUUGACUGCUCUGAUAGCUGCUGACAGGAGGUAAGAGCUGGGCCCCUGCUGUGAUUUUUAUCACUAAGUGAACGCAUGAGAGCAGAGCGAACACCUGAAUGUCUCUGCAGCUGAAUGUGACCGCACUCCAGAACCUGAGCCAGACCAGCAGCCAGGUCCAGACAGGCAGAACAAGGUCAGCGAGUGGAGCAUCAGCUGCCCUGUGCUAAUGGAGCUCCCUCUCUCAUUGAUCACCUCCAAUAGUGCUAUUUGGAAAUGAUCAUUGGUGCUGUCCCUCAGUAAACAGGAUUAGCUCAAUUAAUCACAUUUACAGAUUAGUUUGUCCUCUCGUAUUGAUUAGCCCCUCCAUGCUGCUGAAUGAUCAAUGCAAACACGCUUAUGCACCCAAAAUCCUGUUUGAAAAAUGAGCAUCGACGGCAGAAAUAAUCUUUUAAUCUGAGAUAUUUUAAUCUGGGGAGUGAGAGGGUUUGGGUUUGGAGGAUAAAUGGCUUUCAGGAAAAUGAUAUUGUUCCUGACAGCAUCAAACACAGCCGCCUGAUGAGUUAGAUUAUGAAUAUAUUAGGACACAUCUGUACAGGCUUAGCAGCUUUACUGUAUACACUAGUAAACACAUCAGUGACAGGUUUUACUACACCUGUAACUCCAACAGAAACAGGUACUUUAUGCUUCUCCCAUGUGUCUGUUAGAGACAGGUACCUGCUGUUAGAGAUGUGUUACUCAGUGCUAACAGUGAUGCUGUCUGACAGCAGAGGAGAGACUGCGACAUGCACACAGCUUAUUAUCACACGUCCUCUGACAGGUCACUCUGCUGAGGGGGGGCUUUAUCCUCUUGACCUGUGGUAUCUGCAGGGUGGUGACCCCUGUGGCUUAGCUGCCCCCUAAAACAAAGAGACCUGAGCGAGGAUUUAGAGGCCCAUGCUCUCCAUCAGUAACAGCGUCUCCUCUUUCUCUCUUUUCUCUCUGUGAAUGGUUGCAUUUUGUCCGUCUUUGUUCAGUUGGUGUUGAGAUGAGUAGAGGACAAUGGGGGGCUGUGAUCAGAGGAGAUCAAACACAUCUCAGCAGGGAGAAACACCACAGAAGAUCCACUUCUUCUGCCUGUGUGGUUCUCAUCCCUGUCUCUGAUAAAUAACGUUUCUUUUCUUUUAUAACUUUAAGUUAACUAAGCUUCCUCUGUUGUCAUGUAAAACCUCAAUUAUAAAAGAGAUUAGCUGCUGUGUAAGAUCUAGAUAAAACUAGUUGAUUAUUUACAAGUCUGUUAAACUCUGUAGUUAGUUGAAAAUAGGAAUAGGCAACAAACCAGAUAUUGAAAUUGAAUAUUUUAUUUUUGUUUUUUAAAUUUAUUUAUUCUCAUUUAAAUGUGAUGCCAGCCACAUGUUUUAAAAAAGUAGGAACAGGCAUGUUUUCCUACUUUCCUUUAUGUUUCAUCACCUCUUGACCAUUUUUAAAUCUGUAGUUAAAAGGCUGGAGUUCAAACUCUCAGAAUGUCUCUGUUUUAAUUGAUGUUUCCUCUCAUUUUUUUCUGUAUUGAGUCUGUGUGACUGUUUGUUGUUACUAUGUAUUGCACACUGGGCAGGUCUCCUUGCAGACAGAUCUAAUGGGACAAACCUGGUUAAAUAAAGGUUAAAUAAAAAUUUAAAAAACUCUUCUUUUAAAGACACCCUGUAGACACUAAGGGACACGGGAGAGCUGUUUGAGUUUGAGACUCCCAGCUGAAAAAUAGUUUUUCUGGAAAUGUAGACCCAAUCCCUCUCGCAGUCUCUCACAGAGUGACGAACCUCUUCCCAUCUUUGCACUUCAGAGACUCAGCCUCUGUGGAAAUGAUUUGAAAACCUUAUCUGUUUUUACAUUGCUUUUGGAAUCAAGGUUAUAUAGUGUAUAGUGAAUUAAGUCUUCUCUGUUAUUAGGUUGUGCAUAUUUGCUCUCGCUGCCUCUCAGUUUACACACCAUCAGUAGUCUCGUUUUUACGUUGCAGAUCUGGAACAGCAUCAUAAUGAAGCUGAUGAGACUCUCAAAUGUCAACCAUAAUGUCCGACAAGCUAAACGUAACUUUUAUGCUGUCUUUAUUCAACUCCUCUUCUCUGAGAUUUGCAGUUGACGCACCUUUCAACACAAAUUAAGAUGUUGUUCAUAUCACUUCUGCUCAUAGUUAUGUUAUUUUGCGGAGAUCAGCUUGGAGGUGCACUCACCAGUUUUCUUGCUGUUGCCUGGAUUGCGGGACAGGAUGUUGCUCUAGUUUCACAUAUCAAAGAUGGUUGGGGCCCAGUAGCUCCUUAGGUUGCUUUCACACCUGUGCCCCACUAACUGUCAGCAUCUCCCCACAUUCAAAACCGAUGACUGAUCGAACAGUUUAAAGAGAAAAAAACGCACUGAUCAAAGUCUUAUUAGCCUGACUUACUGAUUUAAACUGGACUAAAUCUGUAGGAGCAAAAAUGUCUUCAAUGUGACCAAAACUCAGCAGCAUCUGGAAGACUGGAUCUCAAAUCACAGCUAAAAGUCACAGUGCUGGAGUGAGCUUCUCUUGUAUGCAGGUGAAAUACCAGCAGAGAGCUCACAGACUUCCUGUUUCUCUGAUGGCCCUAAUAGACUGCACCCCCAAACCCCCCGAUACCUUUAAUCAGGACUAGCCAGCUUCUUGACUUUACGCACCCUAAACUUCACUCUAUGGUGAAAAAAUGUGAUACUCAGCUACAAGUCUUUGUUCAGUCCCAUGUUUCAACCCCAGUAUUUUUAGCAGUAAGUCUGGGUUUUGUCUUGAAUACUGAGUUUGUAUUACUGAUCAUAAGUUGGCAGUAACUUGGCCGCAGUGAAACUUUACAGACAAAAUUUCCUCCUUAAUCAGCGUCAGUUCAGCCAAGGAAUUCCUGAGGCUGAGCCUUUCUGUGAUGUUCAAGUUAUUUUUCUUUACACGCCUGACAUGUUUGCACAGCCACACACAUCUGGCAGGCCAAUCUGCAUAAAUUAAAAUAUUAGGGAGUGAGGUUUUUAGCGUGCUUUGGGACAUUUUCCUUUAGUUCAGAUUGGACAGAUUGGAGGCUAACUCAGACCAGAACUAAACCCUCCAACAGAAGUGGUCACUUGAUGCACACAUCAUUGUUUUUAUGUCAUUCUCUAUAGUAUUUUAAAUGCUUUUUUAAAAUAAAAUUCAGAUCUCUAACGGAUUAUGAUUAAAGUGUUUGAUUUAAAAUUCCAUUAUUUUGCACCUUAAACAGUUUUUAAGUCCACGUUAACAAUAUAAAGCAGUUCUUAGUAGAGUCCUGAUCUCAGAUUCAAAAGAGUACGAUGAAACAUACUCUAUAAUCUUGAAUUUUCUAUUUAUUAUUUAAAGAAAUUCUGCACUGCUGCACCAGGGGAGUCUCAAACCAUGACUCAGAGGGAGGAGGCACUUAUAAGUGUUUUCAUCCACAGGUCUGCGGUGAUUCACAGACUCCAAAUAGCACUUUAUUGGCUUUUGUGAUGUGGUCACACAGACAUCAGUCAUAUUGCUGCACCUGAAUGCUUGUCUCAUGGGUGGUAGCUCAGACUCAAAGUACUUUACAAAUAUUUAAAUUCUGUUUUAGACAGAAUGCACAUUAGUUUUCACUUGUCUCCUGGGCUGUCUGGUUUUUUUUUAGGUGAUGUUCAAAAACAGUAAAUGUUAUUAUUUUAGUCUUUUGCUCUGCAGAACAUCCAACACAACAAACUGACAUCAUCUACACCUUUACUUAAAAAUGAGUGAACUUAUGCAUCAGGUACUCUUGUAAUUUUUCAUCAGUUUGAUUGUAAAAGAAAACUAAAUACUGACUUAGCAUGGAUAAGUAUUAAUCACAUCAUGAUGGAGAAUCCUAAAGUGAUCUUAAUGUUAGGUAAAUAUCAAAGUGCACUUUAAAUACAACAGUCAGUGUAUUAAACCUCCUGAGGUUAAAGUGUAGGCUCAGUUUUCUCUCUCUUUUAUGAACACACACAUGCACAUCAGGUGUGAAUCUCUCAUGCUGAGAGUGAUUUGAAGCUCAUUAAAGGGGACUUAUUUUAUAUCACAAGAGCAGAAACACUGCGCUCUAACACUGGUAGCUCAACUCUCUGUGUUUACAGAGUGAUGGAGGGUAGUCAGCCUGUGUCUGAGGAUCAGCUUUAGUUUCAUCUGGGGAUGAGAGGAUGUUUCCCAGCAGACUGUUGAGACAGUGAUAAUAGUCAGCUGGUGAUUCUACUGUUUAUUUAGUCUUAACAUGUGUUCAGUUUUAACCACUCAAACCCUCCUGUGCUGAUCUCCUCCUGCAGACUCAAUCUGCACAUACCAAGAGACGCGGGUUUGAUUGCAGUGGCUACUCGACAGACCAAGGGCCGAGGUGAGCACAGUGAAAACCCGAUCACACACGUCUCAUAGGACUUAAUCAGAGUACCAAUCACACAUAUCAAUCUCUGCGCAUUCAUUGCCCACUAAAUAAACUGCCAGUUUCAUAUGUCCGUGUGUGUUUGCUGUAGGACGGGGUGGGAACGCCUGGCUCAGCCCUCUGGGUUGUGCAAUGUUCACUCUGAGCAUCCAGGUGGACCUGAGCUCCCAACUUGGUCAGAGGAUCCCCUUCCUGCAGCACCUGGUUGCUCUGGCUGUGGUGGAGGCUGUUCGCACACUUCCUGGAUAUGAGGUAGCAACCUGAACUUGACCUGUACAAGUUUAUCAUCAGUUUAUAAAGACCUGCACAUCACCUGUAACUGACUGUUAUUUCAAGUUAAGUGGUAGUAUUGUGAUAUGGGAGGGGAAGGUUUGUUGAAAAGGGGAUAGUUAAAGUGUUAGUCUUGAUAGUUACUUGUUUAUCUGUAGUUGAGUAGCACACUACAUGUUUUAGUGUGUGUUACAACAUUUUCUCAGCUCUGAUCUGAGUCAGGGAGUCUAAACUGCACUCUGUGAGAAAGUGAGGGUUUAAGAUGACAGUGCAUUUUAUGAACAGCUCAUCGUGUUUUUCAGGACAUUGACCUGAGGGUGAAGUGGCCCAAUGAUAUCUACUAUAGUAGCGUGAUGAAGCUAGGUGGGGUCCUGGUGACGUCCACUAUGAUGGGAUCAACCUUUCAUCUGCUCGUAGGUAGGAAAUGAACUAAAACCUUUUUCCUUUAUCGCAUUUUAAAAGGUGUUCCACUCACCAAACCUGUUCAUGAUAAUAUGCGCCUAUGAAGUAUGGCUUCAAUAGUGCCCAUUUCAGUGCAUCUCAGCCAUAUCUGUGAUAAUCCUGCAGGAAUAUAUCACUCUGUUGUUCUCUGCAGGCUGUGGGUUCAAUGUGACCAACAGUAACCCCACGGUGUGCAUCAAUGAUCUGAUCCACCGCUACAACGUGGAGAACGGCUGCAGCCUGCAGCCGCUCAGCUGCCCCCAGCUCAUCGCCCGCACCGUCAGCUACCUGGAGAACCUCAUCAACAGCUUUCAAAAGGGGGGGCCUGAUGCUGUGCUGCCCACAUACUACAGCAGGUGGAUCCACAGGUGAGUUCUAACCGCACACCUACCUUUCUAUGAAGUCAGGUUGCUAUACAACGGGACCCUAAUUCAGACACUACAUGCAAAUGAGAGACUCACUGAUCCCAGUUCAGCUCAUCAUGAUGAGCUACAUGCAUGAUUAGUGUAAGGAUUUAAUAACUUGUAUAAUGAGUAAUAUCAUCCCUUCAUGGUUUUAGAUUUUUUUUGAAUGUUCCUCAAAGCUCUGACUUUUUAGUAUUUAAUUAUUAGUAUUAAUGUAUUUCAGUUAACAUUAACCUCCUCUUUUCCUUCUGUUCUCAGUGGGACUAAGGUCCGUCUGUGGAGUGAGGACGGACUGGAGGUGGAAUGUGUGGGUCUCGAUCAAAACGGUUUUCUGCAGGUGCACAGCAGAGAGCAGGGCCUGGUGUCAGUGGAGCCUGAUGGGAACUCAUUCGACAUGCUGAAGAACCUGGUGGUGAUGAAGCAGCGUUAGGACCAAACUUAACCAAAUCAAACUCCAGUAGAUCAUGUUCAAACAGUGUUUCACAGAGGAGAGGAUUGGCUUGAAAGGCAGCUACAGAGACACCUUCAUCAGUGAUGUCUCAGCAGGUAACAUCACUGCGUUUAGGACCACAGAUUAAAUUUAAUCUAACAGCCUGUAACCACACAAAUCAUUUAACCUGAUGUAGGACGAGAGCAGAGAUCUCUGCAGCUCCCUCUGUUCAUCAGUGCAGCGUAAUAAAGAUUUACACUGAAACAUGUCGCUCACUUCUUUAAAAGAAACCAGGCCAUGUUCACUUGCCCACGUACAGAACAUUUACUGUUCACUGAAUUCUGAUCCUGAUCCACAAAACACCAAACCUGGUCAUCAAAAUGUAGAUCACAAUAUUCUCAACACGGUUCACAUUCUCCUCUAUUCCAGUUUCUUCAUUUUGACAACACAGCUGACUUGAUGUCUGUCUGGAUUACAUGUUGGGGUACGUUGAACCAGCUUCAUAGGCCCAUCCACAGAAUACUCAGCCUGGUUCACUACACCCUGAUCACAGUCCCCGAAAUUCAAAUUCUGAUCCUGUCUCCAAAACCCUGGCACUGUUUUCAAGAUUAACAAAGAAGAGUUUGUUUGUCAGCACUUUUUGAUCGUUAACUGUGUGUGAGAGAAGAGCUGUGGUCUGACUGUAAAAUAAAUGUGUAUGAUUGAACCAGGAUGUUUGUGGAUCCUUAAACAUUCAUGAAACUUAAGAACUUCCUUAAUGAUGAAUCUGAGAUGGCACUUUGAUAUGUCUGCAUCAAAUCUAUGCUCCCUAUGAAAUGACAUGAUUAUUUUUAAUAACGCUAUUUUGUGUAUAUGCUUGUUUACAUGACUGUUAUUUGCAUUCAUUCUGAGGUCUCAUAGGUGAUUCUUGAUUAUGAAAUUUUUCUCUCAAUAUGUGUUAUAUUACAUUUUAAAAUGUGUAAUCCUCAUGAUUACCUUUAGGCUCACUCCUAAUUCAAUACAAAGUGAUCAGUGUAUUUUUCAAAGCCAGGAUUGCUGUGACACUGGCAUUAAAUUUCAUUUAAAAUGGUUUGAAUAGACGGUUUGAAAAACUCUUAAAUUGACCUUUGAGGAUCUCGGGAGUACAGGGUAAUAAUAUGUCUAAGUUGUGUCUGAUAUGUGGUGGGUUUCUUCAGUAAGAUCCCACUGAGUCGGUCGGGGUCUACAAGUUUCCUGUCAAAUGUUAAUGCUGUGUUAUUUUGUGAAGAGGACUGUCAGUGUAACUGAUAAAUAAUAAGAGUCUCUUAUGACUGAGGUGAACAAAUACUUUAACCAACAAGAGCAGCACUCAGGUAAGAGCGCAGGAACGUAGGUAAAACAGACUGUAUUAGCUCAUUCAUAGUUCUGUAAGGCUCUCGGCCUCACAGUACAAAAGUUGACCAGCAUGAUGCACAAAUAAAACUGUUUUCUAUUAAAGCAUUUUGCAUCACUUCAGAUUUUUUUUUUCUAUGUGAAGAAGAUAACCAUUACACAGAAGCACUUAUCAAGUCCACCAGCAGCAAGUGUCAGUAUAGCAGCAGCCAAUAUACCACUAGCUAACAUGGCAUAGACAGGACCUUUAGUGGGUGCCAACAGCUGACCUUAACCGUUUUAUAUAAAAGUAUGACUUUCAGGAUAUUUUGUGACUACAAAACAGUAGGGAUAAGUACACCCAAGAGCUAUAUCUUACUUAAUGUAACUGGAAGAAGCAGCCACAAUGCAGUGCAUAGCAGCUGAAAUAGAGGUAUUCACAGUUGCUGAUAUUUAGGCUAAAUAAGGAGGUUUAUAGGCUGAAAAUCUGAGGUACCCACUCAAGUGUAUCAGACUGACAUACUAAAUGGGGAGAAUGAGAAUUGUAUGUCUCCUUUAAGUGACAUGGAUAGUUUUGUUGUUAGGGCCAAAGCUUUAUGUACCAUCUACAGGUAACUGAGCUGCUGAUGGUUUUUUGAGGUGUAGAUAUCUUCUCAACUCAGGAAAAACAGAACCCUUUUUCAAUUCAAAAUGUAAGAUUUAGGCCUACAGGUAUUUGUGUUAAAAUGUAGGUGAAAUGUAGGUAAAAUGAGGUAAAAAGUACAACAAUGUAAGCAAGGACUACUUGUUGACCACUGCCCAAAAAGGAGAUUAAGCUCAUGACCAUCUGCUUAAAAACUACAGAAAUGCCCUCAAAUCUGAGAGUAGAGGUUCAAUUUGGAAUGCCACCAUAUCAGCUAAGGUCCGUUGUACAAGUUGGAUAUCAGGCUUGUUGGGGCCAUCUCCUUAUAUAUCAGGAUAUGCUGAAGAAUAUAGGUUCUUAGCCUCACCAUAUUCUGAGGCCCACUAAGUAAAACAUUCAGUGUCAGGAGCAUAAAAAGACACCGUACAUAUGAACAAAUACAACAGAGGCAGAACUCAUUGAGUCAUUUUAUUAAUGUUGUUUUUGGCACAUUACAGAUCUGACUGACACUUUGGUUUCAAGCUGCCUGCUGAUGGUUUAGUUAUAAAACAUCACAUCACAUAAAGAAAGGCUUUUAAAAGUGCAGGUAGAUGAUGAGAGAGCUGAGAACAAAGUGCUGAUGUUGAAGUUAAUCUUAUUUUAUCUUUAUCUCAAUAGAACCUUCAGUUUCUGUUAGAAACCCUUCAUAAUGACUCACUUAUUGCUUGGAUGGAAGAAAAAAAAUGAACAGAUUGAGAAGCAGCAGCAUAAAGGAGAUCAGAUGGGUUCAACGCAGAAACACCCGAGAAUCAGGUCAUUGAAAUAAUCAGGACAGCGAACUGAUCCACUACUUCCCCUGGAGAAAAAAUGAACCCUAAACUGAACUCAGGAAGGCAUCAUUAUUGGUGUGAGGAUAAGUUUUAUCUGACCCUGAUUGGCUGGCAGGUACCUUUGCCAUCUUUCUACUGAUGUACAUGUAAAUGGUUGGAUGCAGACAUGUUAAAAGUGCUUUGUGUGAUCACAGGACUACAAACAGCUUUGCAAGCAGCUUUAUUUGGUAGAUCUAAACCAAAACAAGUGUCUUUGAAAUGUUGAUACUUAUUGCAGAGUAAACUGUGUACACCUUAGCAGCUCCACUAUGUAAUCUCCUGUCACAGCUAAAAAGCCCAGAUUGUGAUAAAACUGCUGAUUUAAUAUGAACUCAGUUUUAUUUUACAGCUGAUCGACAGAAAUCAAAGAAAUGUCUCCACGUCAACUCAGUCAAGAGUUUGGGGUUAUGUUCCUUUUAGCCCUCAGGAGCCUGUGUGGUCUUAUAGACUCUCCACUCCAUUGCUUAAUAUUCUGAGUGUCAUUUUUUCAUUAGUAAGUGACUGAGAUUAUGCUUUAAAUAUCAGUUUAAAUAAAUAGUGCAUCAAAAAAAA